GCGCCUUCCCUUUGGCACCCUUAGGCGAGAAGGCUGGUGCAGAGAGGAGCUUCGGGUGCGGGUGAGGCCCGACUGAAUCGCGCAUGCGGCUGGGCAGGUCUUUUCCCAGUGCUUGCCUUCCUUACGCUGCGACGCUCGGGGUGGGUUAAAUCGGGUUAAGGCGCCGGGUGGCCGGGGCUCCGCUUGCGCCGUUUUGCCGGCGAUGGGCUUGGACUGGAGCAGCCCCGAAGAGCGAGAACCGCUCUUGCCACAACCUCCGCCCGCUUUUGCCUCCCCGGCCCCGUAUCACCAACAUGCCCAACUCCGGAGGCCGGCGGCUGCGGGCGCAUCACGAGUCCUGCCCCGGGGCCGAGCGCUACCGCCGGCAGGGCCCCCGCGCGUGGCCCCGGGGCCCGGCCGCGUGUAUGGACGGCGCUGGCUGGUGCUGCUGCUCUUCUCGCUGCUGAGCUUCGUGCAGGGCCUGGUGUGGAAUACGUGGGGCCCCAUCCAGAGCUCGGCCCGCCAGGCCUUCGACUUCUCCAGCAUGGACAUCGCGCUGCUCGUCUUCUGGGGGCCCAUCGGCUUCGUGCCCUGCUUCGCCUUCAUGUGGCUCAUGGACAAGAAGGGACUGAGAGUAACUGUGUUGUUAACAUCAUCCCUCAUGGUGUUAGGAGCUGGUCUGAGAUGUGUGCCAGUGACAGACCAAACGACAAGGAAAUGGCUGAUUCAUGGAGGGCAACUGCUGAAUGGACUGGCAGGCCCAACUGUAACAAGUGCUGCUCCAUUCCUCUCCACCACAUGGUUCUCACCUGAUGAGCGUGCCACUGCUACAGCUAUUGCGUCAUUGAUUAGUUACCUUGGUGGAGCCUGCGCAUUUUUAGUAGGACCUCUGGUGGUUCCAGGGCCAAAUGGGUCAUCAACACUUCCACUUUCUUCUGGGAGCAGCCCUGAGUAUAUCAAGGACCGCAUUGAGGCUGUGCUAUAUGCAGAAUUUGGCAUUGUGGCUUUGAUAUUUUCUGCAGCACUAGCCUAUUUCCCAUCACGGCCUCCAUUUCCUCCCAGUGUCGCUGCAGCUAGCCAGAGGCUCAGCUACAGAAGAAGUUUUUGUCAGCUUUAUAGUAAUCCUAGGUUCCUUAUGAUUGCUCUAGCUUAUGCUAUACCAUUGGGUGUUUUCUCUGGUUGGUCUGGAGUUCUUGACUGGAUAUUAACCCCAGCUCACGUGAGUCAGGUUGAUGCAGGUUGGAUUGGAUUCUGGUCCAUUGUAGGAGGCUGUGUUUUUGGCAUAGCACUGGCAAGGUUCGCAGAUUUCAUCAGAGGAAUGCUGAAACUUAUACUUAUCCUCUUAUUAUCAGGGGCUACUCUAGCUGCCAUCUGGUUCACUUUGACAUGUGUAACCACUGUCAUUCACCUGCCUUUAACUACAGCCACGUUGUACACAUCCUGCAUUUUGCUGGGCGUCUUCUUGAACAGCAGCGUACCUAUAUUCUUUGAACUUUUUGUGGAAACAGUCUAUCCUGUUCCAGAAGGGAUCACCUGUGGCGUAGUCACUUUUCUCAGUAACAUCUUCAUGGGAGUCCUUUUGUUUUUUCUUACUUUUUACCACGAAGAAUUCUCUUGGUUUAACUGGUGUCUCCCAGGAUCAUGCCUCCUGAGUCUUCUUUUCAUCCUUUGCUUCAGGGAGUCCUAUGAUAGACUUUAUCUUGAUGUCGUCGUCUCAGUUUGAUAGCACAAAACAGAGGAGCUCAAGAGCAGGAUGGAAUUUCGGGUGGUGCUCCUCAGAGCGUCUCGGGAAUUGCACAGCCACAGGAAGGCAGCAAGCAAACGGCAACAUUUUAACAUGGAUAUUUUAACUGAAUGAUGAAAGAAGGGUUUU